GGGAUCCCCUGCAGUACUGCAUGGGCUACUGCCGCGUGGGCUCCGCGUGCGACAGGGCCCACGCGCAGUGACCCAACUGCACGGUGCAGUACGUCAGAGGAUCCGUGUCCCGGCCGGCCGGGACGGCGUGCGCAAUGCGCGCGGCAGCUACUAGUAAAUACUCUCCCUGCGCCGCUUUUCGCUGCUGCAGUGCUGGCGACUGGCGUGCUGCGUGCCUGCGGGGAUACUCCGUCUCCUCCACCUCCAGUCCUCCUCCACGAUCCCGCCUCCCCCACCUCUCGCCGGCCGACGACGACGACGAUCCGCCGGCAGCAGCCCGCGCGCCGCAGAUCUCCCGUUCGGUUCCUUGGAGCCGACAAGACGAGGGCAGCAUGAAGCCCACGGCCGGCGCCAGCGGCAAGGGCGGCGCCGUGUAUCCUUCUCUGCCGCGGCUCAAGUGCCAGGAGUGCCGCCGUGCCCUCGUCGUCGUCGGGGUCGAGUCCUACGCCGACAGGCUACCCGCACACGCCGCGCCCGGUAAUCAUGCAUCUUCUGUUCAGGACAGUGUUAUGGGUGCAAGCAAGAUGGACAAUUCUUAUGUUGUGCUAUCGAGGCAGAACAAAGUUCAGGGUCCUAGAAUUCCCCCACGCCCAGGAAGUGCGGUGGCGGCACAUACUGAUCCCAACCAAUCAACAAGAGCGAUAGAGGGGUCAUAUAUAGUGCUACCACCUCCUUCCGCUUCCAUAUACAAGAAAUCUGCCUCUGAAGGAGGUGGUGCGCAGCUCACACCACCAGGUGGAAACUCCAGUAGUCCCUUGUCGGGAAACAAUUCUGGGUUUCACUCUAGUGUAACUGUGCUGAAAAGGGCUUUUGAGGUUGCUAGCUCACAAACUCAGGUUGAACAACCACUUUGUCUGGAAUGUAUGAGGGUUCUUUCUGAUAAGAUGGACAAGGAGAUUGAAGAUUGUAAUGCUGAUAUUAAAUCUUAUGAGGCUUGUCUUCAACGUUUGCAGCAGGAACCCUACAACAUCCUCAGUGAAACAGAUUUUCAAAAGGAGAAACAAAAGAUUGAGGAAGAGGAAAAGAAACUUAAAUGUGCUAUUGAAGAAGCUGAAAAGCAAUAUUCUGAAGUUAGUUCUGAGAUGAAAGAUCUUGAAAUAAAGUCUAAACAAUUUGAGGAAUUGGAAGAGCGGUACUGGCAUGAAUUCAACAGUUUUCAGUUUCAGUUGACAUCUCAUCAGGAAGAAAGAGACGCAGUUUUUGCCAAGAUAGGAGUUUCUCAGGUUCAUUUGGAAAUGUUGAAGCAUACUAAUGUUCUCAAUGAUGCAUUCUAUAUUUCAUGUGAUGAAGUAAUUGCAAGAAUAAAUAACUUUCGCCUCGGACGCCUUCCUAAUGUAGAGGUUGAGUGGGAUGAGAUAAAUGUUGCGUGGGGUCAGGCUGCACUUCUGUUGCAUACCAUGGCCCAUUAUUUCACUCCAAAAUUCCGAUACCGGAUCAAGAUUCACCCUAUGGGAAGCUAUCCAAGAGUCACAGACAUCCACAAUCAUACAUAUGAACUGUUUGGUCCCGUGAAUUUGUUCUGGAGCACCCGAUUUGACAAAGCCAUGACAUGGUUUCUGACUUGCCUGCAAGAGUUCGCUGAGUUUGCCAUAAGUCUGGAUAAGGAGAACAAUGUUCCACCUGAAAAAACACUGAAGCUUCCCCACAAGAUCGAUGGUGACAAAGUAGGGAACCACACGAUCGUCCUAAGUUUCAAUCAGGAUGAAACCUGGACCAAGGCGCUCAAGUACAUGCUGUACGAUCUGAAGUUUGUUCUCUCCUGGUUUAUUGGCAAUACAAGUUUUGCGCCACCUUCGAGAUCACUGCACACCCAAUUUCUGAAGAACAAGAGUUGAUGUUGUUCUCUCUCUCUCUCUCUCUCUCUCUCUCUCUCUCUCUCUCUCUCUCUCUCUCUCUCUCUCUCUCUCUCUCUCUCUAAGGGCAUGUUUGGGAGCAAGAAGGGGAUUUUAGCCCCUUCUCCAAUCCUUUGGCUUAGUAACCAGGUUCCCGGAUCGAUGGGAUCGAGGAACGGGAACGUGGUACGCGGUACGCUACAAAAAGUAGGAUUUAACACUACCGGAACGAGAUUGUUCCCACGUUCCCGGAACGAGGAACGUGGCCAAGUUCCCAGUUCCCGGUUGUUCCCGGAACGAGGAACGUGGCCAAGUUCCCAGUUCCCGGUUACUAAGUCCUUUGGUCCCAAACAUGUCGUGACUGUACAUAGUUUAUAUACUUGACCCUAGCUAGCCGUUGGAUGUAACCGUAGUGACAAUGACGACAUGUUUGAUGUACAUAUGUUUACUGUACUAUCUAAAGCUCAGCGACUCCAUUUUCGCUGCGCUCUUUAAAAACCUCUGCUGCGCUCUUA